AUGAAAGACUUAGGAAAGUUAAAGUAUUUUUUAGGCAUUGAAGUUGGUCGUAGAGCAGAAGGCUUCAUGCUUACGCAACACAAGUAUACUCUUGAUUUGGUCGCAGAUGUUGGACUACUAGGCUCGAAACCGGCUGCUACACCUAUGGAAAUACAACACAAGUUAGCUCUGGAUUUGAGUCUGUUUUUGAGUGAUGCUGAGAAAUACGGGAGGUUGGUUGGUCGUUUGAUUUACUUGUCCAUUACGCGACCGAAUAUUUCGUAUGCAGUGCAUAUUCUGUCGCAAUUUAUGCAGAAACCUCGAGAGAUGCGGUGGGAUGCUGCUAUGAGGGUUGUUCGCUAUCUGAAAGGAACAGCUGGUCAAGGGAUAUUGUUGAGAUCUCAGGUUGAUACGAGUUUGUCUGUCUACUGCGACGCAGACUGGUCUGCAUGUCAUGCUUCUAGACGGUCUCUGAGUGCGUAUGUGGCAUUGGUUGGUGAUUCGCCGGUGUCGUGGAAGACUAAGAAGCAGGGAGUUGUGUCACAUUCAUCAGCUGAGUCGGAGUACAGGUCAAUGGCGCAAGCAACUAGAGAAAUAAAGUGGCUCAGGAGGCUGUUGCGUGACUUGGGGGCUCCACAAUGA